UGAUAGAGAGAGGGAGAGAGCAACUGCUAAAAUCGCCGCCGAUCGGGACCAACCCAGUAUGCAGUUAAAGCCCUUCAACUCCUUCAGCAUCGCCUUCAUGAUGAGCGGCGCACUCUUGCUUGUUUUCUUCUACAGCUUCCUCGAAUUCCCUUUUCUAUCAACCUCAAUCAAACCCAUCAACGAUCCGACCAAGUUCACACCCGACCCCUUUACCAACUUGAUCGGCGCCUUCAGGAAGUGGGAUGCCCAAGUGGGUUGCUCUCGUUUCAGAGAGAAGCACAAGUUGCAGAUGUUGCAGAACAAGUCUUCUUCUCUGCAACAAAUUCGCGGCGAAUCGGAGUGUGGGGAGGCAAAAUCGGAGCAUGUUAGCGUGCUGGUGAAAGGGUGGACUUGGAUUCUUGAUAAUUUGGAUAGUUUGUAUUCAUGCUCGUGUGGGUUGAGCUGUUUGUGGACUAAAUCUCAUGUUCUUGCUGACAAGCCUGAUGCUUUGCUGUUUGAGACUACUACACCUCCCCUUCAGAGACACAGUGGAGAUCCACUUCGCGUGUACAUGGAUCUUGAGGCUGGCAGGAAGCGAUCUGGUGUUGAAUAUAUAUUUGUAAGUUAUCACGCCAAAGAUGAUGUGCAGUCCACCUAUGCCGGUGCACUCUUUCACAAUGGUCGAAAUUAUCAUGUAUCCCUCCCUUGA